CAGCGGCCGCACCACAGCCCGCACAGCCACAACGUCACCCACAGAGCCGCCGCCGCCGCCGGGCCGGAUCCCCCGAAGAAGCCCAUGACUGAAGUUCGCUAAUGGAAGGAGCUCCCCACCGCCCGUCCACGUGCCCGGAGAGGAGACGACAGCGCAGGAGGGAGGACGCCAUGGAGGAGCCUCUCUGGAGCCUCUGACAGCAGCUCUCCCGCUGACCGCCACCACCACCACCGCCACCACCUCCUCCUCCUCCUCCUCCAUCCUUCCACCAGUCUCCAUGUGAGUGUCCUUCAACUGCCUCAAAGUGAACCGUGCUCCACUUCUUCUUGCCUCUUUUUAGGACUACACCCCCCCCCCACCACACAUUUAUUUUUCCUCGCCUGACCUCCCCGAGCUGAGUGGAAUUACUUUUUUUUUUUUUUCCCGCCUCUCGCGGACUAUGGGCCCGACGGGGUGGCGGCGGGGGGGCAGCCGGCACCUCCCGGUGUCACUGCUGCUACUGCUGGGCUGCGUUUUCCGGCGGGAUCUCGCACAGACGGACGACGGCGGGAAGUCCGUCUACUUCUGGGAAACAGGUCCUUGGGGGAGGUGCAUGGGCAGCGACUGCGGCCCAGGAGGCAGCCAGAGCCGGGCGGUUUGGUGCGCCCAUGUGGAAGGCUGGACCACACUGCACACCAACUGCGACCAGUCCCUGCGUCCCUCCAACCAGAGGAACUGCUUCCGUGUGUGCGACUGGCACAAGGACCUGUACGACUGGCGCCUCGGCCCCUGGAACCCAUGCGUGUCGGUGUCCUCUAGGGUGUCGGGGGCCCCGCGACCUUUUACCUGCAGCGGGGGCGAGGAGGGCAUCCAGACACGGGAGGUGGGUUGCGUCCUCAAGUCGGACGGCUCUCCUGCCGAGAAUGCCAUCUGCGAGUACUUUGAGCCCCAGCCCCGCCUGGAGCAAGCCUGCCUGAUCCCGUGCCCUCAGGACUGCGUUGUUUCAGACUACUCCCCGUGGACGUCCUGCUCCAAAACCUGUGGGAUGGGCCUCCGCAACCGCGUCCGAAGCGUCCUAGUCCCGCCCCUUUUCGGCGGAGCCAUCUGCCCAAAUCUCACCGAGUUCCAGUCUUGCAAACCGGGGCCCUGCCCUGGGCCUGAGGGCAUGUACAGCCUCAGGGUGGGCCCGUGGGCACCCUGCGUCCUGCCGCAGACCCGGACGAGGCGCCAGGCCAAGCGGCGCAAGGGGAAAGGUCAGGGAGGCGCCAAAGAUCCCGAGACCAGGGAGCUCAUCCAGAAGAAACGGACAAGGAACCGUCUGAACCGCCAGGAGAGUUCUUCCUGGGACGUGCAGGUGGGGUACCAGACCCGAGACAUCACCUGCGUUCACAGGAACAGCAGCGCAGUCCCACGAAACUUGUGCACACCAAGGGAGGCACCGCUGACCAUCCAGUCGUGCGUGUUGCCCAGAGACUGUCAGAUGAGCGACUGGAGCGACUGGUCAUCCUGCUCCAACGCUUGCUCGGACUCCGACUCCCCCGGGGCCCGGCGAGAACGCCGCAGACGAGUGCUGCAGUUCCCCACGGGGGAGGGGGCCGAGUGCCCGGCGCUGGAGGAGCGGGAGCCCUGCGAGCCGCAGGGGGACGCCGUGAUGCCCUGCGCCAUCUACGCCUGGAGGACCACCGAGUGGUCUGACUGUCGGGUGGACUUGCUGCUGGGCCAGCAGGACCGCCGCCGCGCCAACCUGACUGGACUCUGCGGUGGGGGUCUCCAGACGAGAGAGGUCUACUGCGUCCAAGCCAACGCCGAGCUCCUCAAGUACGUCAGCGACUUCCAGGAGAAGGACAAAGCGGGUCAGACCCAAAGACAGCCGAAGCCUAGCGUGCCCCCCCUCGUCUCGGUCUCCUUCCACAUUACAGCGCCGCGUCCGGUGGAGAACCGUCUGUGCGGGGGUCCCGUUCCUGACCGGUCGCAGCUGUGUCAGGUGGCGUGUCCGGUCGAGUGCCAGGUGUCACCUUGGGGCGCCUGGGGGCCGUGCACCUUCGAGAGCUGCGCUGACCAGUCGGCCAAGAAAGGUUUCAAACUGAGGAGACGACAGAUCACCAACGAGCCAACGGGGGGUCCCGCCAACUGCCCGCACCUGGUAGAGGCGCUGCCCUGCGACCAGCCCAGCUGCUACGACUGGCGGCAGGUCGGCCUCGACCGAUGCGUCACCGCGGAUCAAAAGCCGUGCGGUCCCGGAACGCAGCUCGUCCGGGUCCAGUGCGUUAACACCAACAGAGAACCGGUGGACGAGAGCCUGUGCUCGUCCACGCCGCCUCCGGAUCCCGUGGCCUGCCAGGUGCCUUGCUCGCGGGACUGCGUGCUGAGCGACUGGACGACGUGGUCCACCUGCUCGCAGACCUGCUCCAGCAAGACCGUGGAGGGAAAGCAGAUGAGAACGAGAUCCAUUCUGGCUUACAACGCCGGCGAGGGUGGCGCCAUGUGCCCCAAUAGCAGCUCCCUGCAGGAGGUCCGCAACUGUAACGAGCACGCCUGCACCGUGUACCACUGGCAGACGGGCCCCUGGGGGCCCUGCGGUGAGGAUCCCUCGUCCGCGGCCCCCAACGGCAAUUCCACCGGGACGGUGGCGGGCCUCGGGAGCUGCUCCAAGGGGGUCCAGACCAGGAAAGUAAUGUGCGUGCGCGUCAAUGUGGGACAGGUGCCGCCAAAAAAGUGUCCAGACGGUCCUCGGCCCAGCACGGUGCGUCCAUGUCGGCUGCCCUGCAAGAAGGAUUGCAUCAUGACCCCUUUCAGCGAGUGGACGUCCUGCCCCGUUGCCUGUGACGCAGGUGGCAACGCCGUGAAGACCAAACAGUCCAGAAAGCGUCUGGUCAUCCAGGCGCCUUCCAACGGAGGCCAGGACUGUCCCGAAGUGCUCGAGGAGGAGAGAGAAUGCCAGCCACCACAAACGUGUCCCGGGUUUAGGUGGAAGACCCACAAGUGGAGAAAGUGCCAGCUGGUUCCUUGGUUCCUCAGGAAGGACCGACCCGGCGCUCAGGAGAACUGCGGGCCAGGACUUCAAACGCGGGCCGUGUCAUGUCGGCAGCUGGACGGAACGCAGGUGGACGUGGCCGAGUGUCUUCAUCUGGCCCGCAGCAUGCCCAAUCUCACCCAGCGCUGCCAGCUGCCCUGCCAGGACGACUGCCAGCUCACCAACUGGUCCAAGUUCUCGUCCUGCUCGGCGGACUGCGUGGGGGUGCGCACCCGGAAGAGGGCGUUAAUCGGGAGGAGCAAGAAGAAGGACAAGUGCAAGAACACGCAGAUGUACCCUCUGAGCGAGACGCAGUACUGCCCCUGCGACAAGUACAACGCUCAGCCGGUGGGCAACUGGUCCGACUGCAUCUUGCCCGAGGGGGGCCGCCCCGAGAGCACCCUGGGGCUGAAGGUGACGGGCGACGUCAAGGAGUGCGGCCAGGGCUACCGGUACCAGGCGAUGGUCUGCUACGACCAGGACGGGCGCCUGGUGGAGACGGCGAGAUGCAACAGUCACGGUUAUAUCGAGGAGGCGUGCAUCAUUCCCUGUCCUUCCGACUGCAAGCUGAGCGAGUGGUCCAACUGGUCACGCUGCAGUAAAUCGUGCGGCAGCGGCGUCAAAGUGCGCUCCAAGUGGCUGAGGGAGAAACCUUACAACGGGGGAAGACCCUGUCCCAAGCUGGACCACGUCAACCAGGCUCAGGUGUACGAAGUUGUGCCGUGCCAGAGCGACUGUAAUCAAUACGUGUGGGUGGCCGAGCCGUGGAGCGUGUGGAAGGUCAGCAACGUGGACUUGAAGGAGAACUGUGGAGAAGGCGUCCAGACCAGAAAAGUCCGGUGUAUGCUCAACACCAUCGACGGGCCGUCGGAGGCUGUGGAGGACUACCUGUGCGACCCCGAGGAGAUGCCCCUGGGGGCCCGCGAGAGCCGGCUGCCCUGCCCCGAAGACUGCGUCCUCAACGACUGGGGGCCCUGGAGCCGCUGCCGUCUGCCGUGCACCAGAAGCAACGGUCGCAUCCGUGCGGCGUACACGCUGCGCUCGCCCAGCGCGGGAAGACUUUGUCCCGACACCACCGAAGAAGAACCAUGCGGCCUCAACCUCAACUGCUUCAACUACUUCUACAACGUCACCGACUGGAGCACGUGUCAGCUGAGUCCAAACGCCGUGUGCGGCCAGGGAAUCAAGACGCGCAUGCUGGACUGCGUUCGCAGCGACGGCAAAUCCGUGGACAUUAAGUUCUGCGAGGAGCUGAACCUGGAAAAGAAGUGGCAGAUGAACAUCUCCUGCGUGGUGGAGUGUCCCGUCAACUGCCAGCUGUCCGAGUGGUCGAGCUGGUCGGAGUGCUCACAGACCUGCGGUCUAGAUGGCAAGAUGUGGCGUCAGAGGUUUGUGGUCCAGGCGUCGCAGGGUGACGGUCGUCCGUGUUCGUCCCCGAUGGAGCAGUGGAAGCCGUGUCCGGUGCGGCCGUGCUACCGAUGGCAGUACACCGCCUGGUCAGAGUGCCGCGUGGAGAGCGUCGUGUGCGGUCACGGCACGCGCUACCGGAACCUCACUUGCUUCGUGUCGGACGGCGGCGGAGACCAGGACAACGGUGGACAAGUGGACGAGGAGCUGUGCGGGGGUCUGGAGUUGUCCGUGAAUGGGGACAAGCGCAUUCGGCUGAAGGAGGCCUGCACGCUCCCCUGCCCUGGUGAGUGCUACUUGAUGGAGUGGUCCGACUGGAGCGCCUGCGUCAGCAUCUGCGUCAAGGAGGCCGGCGUGGACUUCGGUUCGGUGCAGGUGCGCUCGCGGGCCGUGUUGGCCCAGGAGCCCGAGAACCUGCAGCUGUGUCCCGACCAGGCCUGGGAGUCCCAACCCUGCACAGGAGGCGAAUGUUUCGAGUACAAGUGGCUCAGCAGUUUUCGGCCCAACUCCUCGCGACCGCUCUUCUGGUGUCAGCGCUCUGACGGACUCAACGUCAGCGGGGGCUGCCUUCCUGUCACCCCCGUGAUGGACGACAGCGCGUGCGACCCUCCGUGUGCCCCGCCGACGUCCUACUGCAGCGAGGCCGGUUUGUGCAUGUGCGAGGAGGGCUACACCGAGGUGCUGUCCGCGGGCGGGCUGCUGGACCAGUGCGCCCCCAUCCCCGUCCUGGAGAUCCCGACGGCGGGAGACAAGAAAGGGGAUGUCAAGACCAGCCGCGCCGUCAACCCCACGCUGAGGUCCACCACGCAGCCGGGACGCUCGGGACGCACCUGGUACCUGCAACCCUAUGGACCAGAUGGCAAGUUGAAGAUUUGGGUGUACGGCGUGGCUGCGGGAGCCUUCGUGCUGUUCAUCUUCAUUGUGUCUAUGACCUACCUGGCUUGCAAGAAGCCGAAGCGACCGGAGCGAGCGCGGCAGCAGCAGAACAACCGUCUGAAGCCUCUGACGCUGGCCUACGACGGCGACACGGACAUGUAGUCACGCGCAGCUGCGUGCGGGAUGCUUUUACUUUUUUUUAUUUUUAUUUUUUAAGCUGCAUCAAGGCGAGACAGAAAAUCCUCUUAGAGCACAUUUUUUGUUUCCAAAGGUGCUCUCCCCAUGCACACUUUUUUUUUUAUCGCCUUCAUGACCUCUGCAGUGUUGAGUGAAAUGCCUUUUUUUUUUUUUUUCUUGGUCCCGUCAUCCCACCCAACUGAGACUCCCAACCCCCCCCCACCCCCCACCCCCGCUGAGCCGUCUCCGCUGGAGGCUUUACGGAAUAUGUCGCAUCCUCUGUUGCCAAAAAAAGAUGAAGAAAAAGAAAGAGGAGGAUGAGGGAUGAAGGGGAAGAAAAUCUCCAUAAAGGGUUUUAAAGAUUCCUUCCUCCGCCCGAAUCCUCGCACUGGACAAAAGAGGGACGCGGGUCUCUCUCUUGCUCUUUUAUGGUUGUUGUCGGAUUGGGGCGCCCGUUGCUAUGGGAACGGGGCCUCUCUCUCUGUUUCUCUCUUUCUCUCUCGCCUCCACCCUGGCUGUGUUUCAGGCGCUAACGUGCACUAUAUUAGUGCAGCACAUGACUGGUGAUGCCGGAAAAGAGGAAGAUGCCAGCAAACAAAAGAAGGGUCGACAUCGGCGAAGGGGUUUUAGGGCCACGCUGGAAUUUCUCACACACACAAAAAAAUAUUGUUAUGACAAUGGGAAUCAAACCCCGGUUGGAAUUUUUCCGGAAAACAAGACUUUUUUUUUUUUUUGCAAAUAAUAUGACUUUUUCUUUUUUUUAAAUCAGAUUUUAUUUGCAUAGAAAUGUUAACGUUCCCCAAAAAAGGGUAAAAGACCUGACUUCAUUCUGAAAAUAUCAUGACAUUUUUUGUGAUUUAAAAAAACUUUGCUUUUUGUAAGUAUUUUGGGGGAAUAUUUAUUAAUAUUUUGCCCCAUUUCUUAAAAAAAAUCAGAUUUUUGCAAAUGCAACCAAUUAUCUUGAGAAACUUUGAUGGGAAUUAUUGGAAAGCUGCCACUUUCUUCUCAUGAAAAAGGCUCCCAUUUUUCUCUCAUAAAAUAUGACUUUUAUGGCACUAUUCACUUGAAAAGUAUACAACUUUAUUUUCAUCAUAUGAUUAUUUAUCUCAAAAUAUACGACUUUGCCCCCCCCCCAAAAAAAACUUUUCUCCUGAAAGCAACUUUCUCAUAAACUUAUGAUUAUUGUAAUAGAGCGUUACAAUUUGAUUUUUUUCCCUUUUCAGUGUGGCCCUAAUACUCCUUUGUCAAUGAUUAUAAAAUAAUGUACAGAUUUGUUUUUAUUGGGUUAACUUUUAUGGUUUGUAGAGGUCAACUGGCGUGACGACGUUUCUUUCUCAUCAGAUGAACCGGAAAAGUCCAACACACACACAGGAAGUCGGACAUUUUGAUUUGAAGCCGCCAUUUCACGGUCACGCUGUUCAUUUCCGGGAGUCCCCCCCCCCCCCCCCCCAGAUACGAACUUUUGUCCGAUUCCGACCGAAUUUCAACCUUGUAUCCAAGACUCAUUAAUUUAUUUUCAUGAAAUGUGAAUUUAGCAUGGUGGAGAUGUUUGCUGACCAACAAAAAAAAUCUCGAUAAAAAAACGGUACGUCCACGCUUGGGUCUCAGCAGCCGUUUCCGGUGCAUGUCUCGCAUUCGCUGGGCUGAUUUAAAGGUCAAAUCCUUCUUUGCUUUUAUUUGAUUGCUACUAAAAGUGUUGCAUCUACACCAGAGAAACGGAUGACUCAAAAUUGUUUGUUUUUGCCACUGCGUGUGGGCGUACCAUACCUGCGAACUUCGAUGACUCACCGGAAAAUCUCAAAAUGCCCUUAAGGGAUUCAUCGGCGCCACCUACUGGCAGAAAUGACGCUACUGCAUUAACUCCCCACUCCUGCCGCUAUUCUCCAUUCUGACUUCUUUUUUUCUGCCUUAUUGAGCAUCACUUGCAAUUUUUUAUUUCUACUCAAAAGGAUCCAACUAACAUGCAGUCAAGAACCAAAUAAUGACGACUGGACACUCACGUGGUUUUCAUAUAAGCUUUAUUAUUGUUAAUGAGGUGGCGAAUAAUAAUACGGUUGUUUACUAUGGUGGACUUGUUGAAAUUAAAAGAAAAAAAAACUUUUUUAUUUUCUUGUUUUCCGUGAAGGGGGAAAAAACCUUACCGGUACCUGUAAAUUUAUUUUGUAUUACACAGAAAAUGUUUAGUUUCAAUAUUGCAAAAGUGGCUGUAUGAUAUUUUUUUGCUGUCCUGAUGCAAGUUCUGUGGUGGACAAAAAAAAAAAAAAAACAAAGAAACAAACGACAACAACAACAAAUGAGCACGAAGAAAAAAAAGAGAAACGCUUGUCCGUUUUGUACAGGUUGUUUUGUGUGUGCGGGAAGAAAACGCAACAAUAAACAAGGACACGGUGACAAAAUGCAAAUAUUUUUAUUCUUUCUGUCUUUUAUGCACAAUGGAAAAAUCUCACAUGCGAUGCAAAACAUUUGUGAAGUCUUUACUAUUCUCGUUAUUAUAUUAUAGCUGUAGUACAAAAUG